GAUUAAAUAGAAAAAACACAAUUUAGACAAUUCUACAGAUUUUACUCUCAUCCCAAAGAAACCUUACAUUAUAAUCUCAAUCCGUGUAGGCAUCUCCUUGUCACAAACCAAAAAUGUGGAGACUCUCAGCUUCGAUUCUCCUCUUCUCAUGUCUCGUCCUUUCGUCGUCGUCGUUCGGCGAUUCGGAGGUGACGUGCUCCGGUAUAGUCCCGUUACGGUACCGGAACGAUAAGAUCUCGAUAACAGACUUCGGAGGCGUGGGGGAUGGCCGGACGGUGAACACGAAGGCGUUUAGGGCGGCGAUGUAUAGGAUUCAGCAUCUGAAGAGGAGAGGGGGUACGCUUUUGUAUAUACCUCCGGGAGUUUAUUUGACUGAGAGCUUCAAUCUCACUAGCCAUAUGACUCUUUACUUGGCUAGAGGAGCUGUUAUCAAAGCUGUUCAGGAUACCUGGAAUUGGCCAUUAAUUGAUCAUUUGCCCUCUUAUGGAAGAGGGAGGGAGUUACCAGGAGGACGGUAUAUGAGCUUAAUUCAUGGUGAUGGUCUUCGUGAUGUAGUCAUCACUGGACAAAACGGGACAAUAGACGGUCAAGGAGAAGUAUGGUGGAACUUGUGGCGCAGUAGAACGCUAAAGUACACAAGACCGAACCUAAUCGAGUUCAAGAACUCUAAGGAGAUUAUAAUCUCCAAUGUUAUUUUCCAAAACUCACCCUUCUGGAACAUCCAUCCAGUGUAUUGCAGUGAGGUUGUCAUACAUCACGUCACCAUCUUAGCUCCACAAGAUUCGCCCAACACCGAUGGAAUCGAUCCAGAUUCCAGCGUCAACGUCUGCAUAGAAGACUCCUAUAUCUCAACAGGAGACGACCUGGUGGCCAUCAAAAGCGGUUGGGACCAGUAUGGGAUUGCUUAUGGCCGUCCAAGCUCAAACAUAACGAUACGGCGCAUCACAGGAUCUUCCCCGUUUGCUGGUAUCGCAAUAGGAAGCGAAACAUCAGGUGGAAUCAAGAACAUUGUAGCAGAACACAUCACUCUAUCCAAUAUGGGGGUUGGGGUCAACAUCAAAACAAACAUUGGUCGUGGAGGAUACAUUAAAAACAUCAGAAUCUCUAACGUCUAUGUAGAUACAGCAAAGUACGGUAUCAAGAUUGCAGGUGACACUGGGGAUCACCCAGAUGCGAAUUAUAACCCGAACGCUCUUCCAGUGGUUGAGGGAAUACAUAUCAAGAACGUUUGGGGAGUAAACGUUCGAAAAGCUGGCUCUAUUCAAGGCCUUAAGGGUUCACCAUUUACAGGGAUAUGUUUGAGUGAGAUAAAUCUCCAUGGGAGUUUGAAUAUGUACCGGACGUGGAAGUGCGCAGAUGUUAUUGGAACCUCAAUGAAGGUCAGUCCAUGGCCGUGUUCGGAGCUGAGAACUAGUGGAGGAUCUAAUGUGUGUUCUUCCGCUUUCUGAAAACUUCUGAGUAGCAAGUCUUUACAUCUUCGGUUCAAUUUUUUUCUUUUUCAAAAGAUGUAAUUUGUUACAGCAUUUGGAGUUCCUUCCAUUAAUAUAUCUAUGUUUGUUGUAAUUUGUAUGUUUAAACGUCAAAGAGCGAAAACAAUAUAGUAUAUUGUGUAAUUCGAAUAUGAAGGAAGUUAACGAAAAGAGAGAGUAAAGUUAAGCAAGA